AUGGCCCCCUUUGGGCUGUUGACGAUCUUUCUCGUUGCUUCCAGCGAAAGUGUGUACUUCCCUAUCCGCAUCCAUUCUCUUUUCCUUGCUUCCAAUGCGACCUUGGUGUCGAAGGGCGUUUCCUACAACAUUCUACAUGAUCAUGCCACCGCAAAUGAUGCCCGCGUUGUCGGAGUGGUCGAAGAGGAGCAGGCGGAGGAGAUCGACCCAGUGCUAUCCAAGGCGGCCCAGGCCGACCUAUUCCAGUUGGACGUCGACCGCCCUCGAGGUCAAAUCGCUGUUAUUGCAUUAGAGCUUGCUGCGUUAGUGGGAGAGGUGGCUAUCUUCGUUGCUAUUCUGUUGACGAAUGGCUGGGGUGAUCGUGGUAAACUGCCUGCGGUGGCGAAGUUAAUCUCUUGGGGCUACAUAUUAUUCCUGGUACUGGUUCGAUUGCUUCUUUCGACCCUUGGGCUGCAUGCGUUUCCCAGACUCUGGGAUCACACGGCGGCUUUGUAUGGGCUGCAAUGGCUCUUUACCGUGUUCGUCUUCCGGUCUGCGGUCAUUCACCCGAUUUCUAGGCGUGCAAUGAGCUUCAGCGCCGUCGAGUUUUCGUUGUCCACUUUACUGCUUCUUAUCGCCAUGACCACUCGUAGAGGGAACAAGGCGGUUUUGAUUCCUCAUGAAGAUGGGCUUGAGCCGGCAAGACACCCAACGGCGAGCCUGCUAUCUCUUUUCACUUUCUCCUGGCUUGACCCACUCGUCUUCAAAGGCUGCAGACAAACCCUUGAGCUCGAAGAUGUCUGGAAUUUAACCAAGUCCCAGAAGGCCGCCACAGUGCUAGAGGACUUUCACCGCAAACAGUACAAAGGCUCUUUGACCUGGAAGCUCUUGCGCUACUUCACCGGCACCCUCCUAAUGCAAGGCGCAUGGACUGCCUUUUCAAGUUUUUUCACAUACCUACCCACGAUUCUUCUCAGGUCAAUUCUACAGUAUGUUGAGAACCCGAGGUCAACCACGGCGAAUGCUGCCUGGCUGUACGCCAUAUUGUUAUUUUGUUCCGGAGCGAUUCAGGGAAUAGCCGAUGGGCAGGCGCUCUUUAUCGGGCGCAAGUUGGGCGUGAAACUUCGUGCUAUCAUUAUUGGCGAGAUUUAUGCCAAAGCUCUUAGACGAAAAGCUGGCGCGUCGGUUGAAUCGACGCAAAAGAAAGCAGACGAUUCUUUUACGGAUAACAAAAAGAAAGGCAUCUUUUCUUUCGGCCGUAAGAAGAAGGCCACCACGGACCCGGAGACGAGCCGGGGAGAUAAAAGGUCAGAAGCAGAGGAUGAGACUCAUCUGGCGAACGUCGGUACAAUCAUCAACCUGAUGGCGAUUGAUUCAUUCAAAGUCAGCGAGGUCGGCGCCUACCUCCACUUCCUAUGGGCUAGCGUGCCAGUGCAGAUUAUUAUUGCUGUCACACUCUUAUAUAGACUGCUUGGGUUCAGCUCAUUUGCUGGCAUUAUCAUCAUGGUCCUAAUGAUGCCCGUAAACAUCUUUAUUGCGAGGCAAUUUACAAAGUUGCAAAACCGGAUCCUAAAGGGGACUGAUGCUCGCAUCCACGCUACAAACGAGAUCCUACAAAACAUACGCAUUAUAAAAUAUUUCGCGUGGGAACAGCGGUUUCAGGAUAUUGUGAACGAAAAACGAAGAGCGGAACUUAAGGCCUUGCGCUUCCGUUACAUCCUCUGGUCUGUGGCAGCAACUGUCUGGUAUGGGACACCAAUCCUUAUCACCUUCGCCUCGUUUUUCCUGUACACUGUUGUUGAGAAGAAGGACUUGACGCCUUCAGUGGCAUUCCCCGCCUUGUCCCUGUUCACGCUGCUCCGUGUUCCCCUUGAUCAGCUUGCCGACAUGCUAGCUCACGUCCAAGAGUCGAAAGUCUCUCUGGGCCGUGUGGAUAAGUAUUUGAACGAAGAAGAAACCGAUAAAUAUGGUCAGUUAGAGCCUGACGAGGCGAGCGGGCUGACUCCUAGGAUCGCACUUGAGAAUGCCACCCUUACCUGGGGGUCUUCCAAGGGCCAGUACCAGGAUGAAACGCCAGAGGAAACAUCGGACGCAUUCCGUUUAAUCAACGUCAAUGUGUCUUUCCGGAUUGGGGGACUUAAUAUUAUCGCAGGGCCAACUGGCUCGGGAAAGACUUCCCUCCUGAUGGCUUUGCUUGGAGAAAUGAAGCUCCUGGAAGGCCGGGUCCAUUUGCCAGGUGGAACUGUCAGCAGAGCGGAACUCCCAGUGGACCCUCAGACUGGGCUUAUAGAAAGUGUUGCAUAUUGUGCACAGGAAGCAUGGCUCGUGAAUGACACUGUAAAGGAAAAUAUUGUUUUUGCAUCUCCAUUUGAUCAGCGGCGCUACAACGCUGUGAUCAAAGCAUGUGCUCUGGAACGAGAUUUGGCCAUCCUUGAUGCUGGUGACCAGACAAUGGUUGGAGAGAAAGGCAUCAGUCUCUCAGGAGGGCAGAAGCAAAGAAUUUCUCUCGCGCGUGCUAUCUAUAGCAGGGCCCGGCACAUCCUGUUAGAUGACUGUCUCAGUGCUGUCGACUCUCACACAGCGAAGCAUAUCUUUAGUGAGGCUCUCAUGGGGCCUCUGAUGAUAAACCGCACUUGCAUUCUUGUGACACACAAUGUUGCUUUGACUGUGUCGCACGCGCACCAUGUUGUUGUUCUUGAUAAUGGUAAAAUUGCUGUCCAAGGCCAUCCGGAUGAGGUCGCAGCUUCAGGCGCCUUGGGUGACGACCUCCUUAAAUCUCGACCGGCCUCUAGAUCAAGUUCUCCACGCCCAUCUCGCGGGCAGACUGGUCAGGAAGAUCAACAUGAGGAGGACUCACACAAGACCAACGGUUCUGCUGCCAACGGGUCUACUGAUAAGGCCAAAGGGGAGAAUGCACGUCCCACGCUAGUGGAGUCAAGGGCGGUUGGUAGUGUCCAAUGGUCAACUAUCAAAAUGUACCUUAAGUCUAUGGGCUCCAGGUAUUACUGGGUCAGCGCUCUACUCAUCUUCUCGCUACAGCAGUUAGGCUCCGUGUCCACCAACAUUUGGAUAAGACAAUGGGCAAACUCUUACCGCACUGAGGAUACUGUAACAGCAGAUGCAGGCCAGUAUGCUACGAUGACGAACUUGAAGUUUCCAUCAUUCAAUGUUGGAGGUGUCCCACGGACUUCAGCCUUAGGCACUCCUCAACUUAACAUGCAGGCAACUACUAGCGCUUCUGCAGACGUGAACGUCUCAUACUAUCUUGGUGUUUAUGCGCUUCUUGGUGUCCUUUAUCUUUUGAUUUCGUUAACAAGAGAGGCCGUUCUUUUCUGGGGUUCUCUACAUGCGUCCUUCAAGAUUCACCAUCGUCUUUUAAAGGCUGUGAUGCAUGCAAAAUUCAAAUUCUUUGACUCCACGCCUCUAGGACAAUUGAUGAACAGGUUUUCAAAGGACGUCGAAGCAGUUGAUCAGGAGGUUGCCCCUGUGGCAAUUGGGAUGCUCCACUGCUUAGCAUCGGUUAUUAUGAUCGUGGUUCUUAUUUCUGUUAUCACUCCUGGAUUUUUGAUUGCAGCAGUAUUCAUUACGCUUAUCUACUUCGCCCUGGGUGCUGUUUACUUGAACUCUUCUCGCGAUCUCAAGCGACUAGAAUCCGUACAACGGAGUCCCUUGUAUCAGCAGUUCGGUGAAACUCUUAAUGGCAUCGUUACUAUUCGUGCAUAUGGCGACGGACCAAGGUUUAUUGUGGACAACCAUCGUCGGAUUAACAACUACAAUCGGCCACACAUCUACCUCUGGGCUAGUAAUCGGUGGCUGGCACUCCGUGUUGACAUCACGGGAGCCUCGGUAUCAUUUUUCACCGCCGUUUUCAUCAUCGCCAACAUUGGAAAAGUGGACGCUGGUGCUGCUGGUCUUUCAUUAACAUAUGCAGUCACGUUCACAGAGAAUGUCCUGUGGCUGGUGCGGCUCUACUCUGAAGUUCAGCAGAAUAUGAACUCCGUUGAGCGAGUAAACGAAUAUCUUGGCGUUGAGCAGGAAGCUGAGGCGGUCAUUCCCGAUUCAAGGCCACCGGCCAACUGGCCCAGCCAUGGUGCAGUCGAGUUUUGCGGCUACACUACUCGAUAUAGAACUGAACUCGACCCGGUUCUGCGAAACGUCUCUUUCAACGUGCAAGCGGGUGAGAAAGUUGGCAUUGUUGGACGUACCGGUGCUGGCAAAAGCUCUCUUGCUCUUGCUCUUUUCCGCGGGCUUGAAGCAGAGAAGGGACGCAUAUGCAUUGACGGCAUCGAUAUCAGUGCUAUUGGCUUGAAAGAUCUGCGAGAGUCGAUCACUAUUGUUCCUCAGGACCCCACACUCUUCACGGGAACGAUACGGAGCAAUCUUGAUCCGUUUGGUAUGUUCACUGAUGAACAGAUUUUUACCGCACUUCGGCGCGUGCACUUGAUUGGCUCCAGCACCUCGGGAACUGCAACACCCAUGACAGGUAGCACAUAUCUGGAGCCCAACUCGGCGACAUCGAAUGGAGUCCAUGGCACCAAUACGGCAGCCCAGGAUAAUAAGAAUAUCUUCCUCAAUCUUGAGACUCCUGUGUCCGAAUCCGGAUCGAACCUGUCCCAAGGUCAAAGACAACUAUUGUGUCUCGCACGUGCGCUCCUCAAGAAUCCCAAGGUCUUGAUGAUGGAUGAGGCCACGGCUUCCAUCGAUUAUAACACGGACAACAAGAUCCAAGAGACGUUGCGGGAGCUCCGGGACAACACCAUUAUCACGAUUGCCCACCGACUGCAAACCAUCAUCGAUUAUGAUAAGGUGCUGGUGCUGGAUCAUGGCCGCGUUAUUGAGUACGACCAUCCUUGGACCCUGAUCAACCAGGCCGAUGGCCUCUUCCGAAGCAUGUGUGAGAACAGUGGCAACAUGGAGGUUCUCCAGGAAGGAGCAAGGAAGGCAUGGGAACAGAAGCGUCUAGUGGAUGAUUCAUAG